AUGAAUGCUGCAGAUGUUGGGAUCUCGGAAGAUGACAAGAGGUCAACAAAGCUUCGCACCCUCAAGGAGAAGGCAAUAAAUGCGACGAACAAGUUUAAGCAGUCCAUAACGAAGAAACGUCGUGUGAGGGGCGUCCCAAUCGUUGACGAAAUCGAUACUGAAGAGUUGCAACAGGUUGAUGCUUUCCGUCAAGCUCUUAUAUUAGAGGAGCUUCUCCCCUCGAAACACGAUGAUUAUCAUAUGAUGCUUAGGUUCUUGAGGGCAAGAAAGUUUGAUAUCGAAAAGGCCAAGCAAAUGUGGGCUGAUAUGCUUAGCUGGAGGAAAGACUAUGGUGCAGACACUAUCAUAGAGCUAAAGUGUCUCCUCUCUUUCUUCUUUUGCAAGGACUUUGAUUUCGAAGAAAUAGAUGAAGUGGCUAAGUACUAUCCACAAGGAUAUCACGGUGUUGAUAAAGAAGGAAGACCUAUCUAUAUUGAGAGGCUAGGCCUAGUGGAUCCCACAAAGCUGAUGAAAGUGACCACAAUCGAUAGGUACCUGAAGUACCACGUGAAAGAGUUUGAGAAGACUUUCAACGUCAAGUUCCCGGCUUGUUCUAUUGCAGCGAAGAGACAUAUUGAUCAGAGUACAACGAUCUUGGAUGUUCAAGGCGUGGGGGCAACUAGCUUCAAGAAAGCUGCAAAAGAUCUUCUUCAGAGUAUUCAGAAAAUCAACAACGAUUACUACCCUGAGACACUGAACCAAUUGUACAUCAUGAAUGCUGGUGUUGGGUUCAAGACUAUGUGGAAGGCUGUUAAACCUUUCCUUCCUCCAAAGACUAUAGCCAAGAUUCACCUUCUUAGCAGCAAAGAGAAAAGCAAACUGCUAGAAAUCAUUGACGCCAAUGAACUGCCUGAGUUCUUGGGUGGUAAGUGCACCUGCGCAGACAAAGGCGGAUGCAUGCGUUCAGACAAAGGUCCAUGGAACGACCCCGAUAUCUUCAAUUUGGUUGUUCAGAACGGGGAAGGUAGGACCUCGAGGAAGAACGAAACAGAGAAAUUAGGCGAACAAGAAGAGAUCUGCAGAGUUGAGGAGAAGGAGGAGUUCAUCGACAAGAAGGUGGAUACUAAUACACAGCUUUACAAGGCCAACAACAACAACAACGUUCCAGUUUCAGAUGUGAGUAGGUUGUUGAAGAGGAAAUGGUACGUAUACGGAGUGGUGAUGGCGUUGUUGAUGUGGAUAGUGGGAGUCAUGAUGAGGCUAAACAAGAAGAAGAUGCCAAGUAGACUCACCGAGGAGGCGAAUGUGUACCCAGACGGAGUGACGGUUAUGCCGACGCAGGAGUAUAUGGCGAUGGCCAAGAAGAUGACAGAUCUUGAGGAGAAAUACGGCUCCGUGGAUGCUCAGGCUCGGGAGAAGGAGAAGGUUCUCUACGUUGCACUUGGUCGUGUUGACCAGCUCGAGCUUGAGCUGUUCGAAACCAAAAAGGCGCUGGACGAGACAAUGACGAGGCAACAUGAGAUGAUGGCAUUCAUCGAUAAGAAAGAAAAGAAGAAGAAGAAGAAGAAGAGGAAGUUCUUACCGAAAGGCUGCUUCGGUGGAGUAUCUUCAGCCUCCAGCUUGUAA